CUCAGACGUUUCAAUGAUCAGUCAUUUGGAAGACCUCGGAAGAUCGAGCUUACCUCCAUUUACAGAGAUUUCCGAUAUCACUGCUUUUCAGCUAGGCGGUUAAUAAUUUUCAUUGUUCGACAUCGUCUGUUGUGUAAUCCUGGUGCUUUAUCGUACGAAUACUUGAACAGUUGCGACUUUGUGGGUAUAAUCAGUGGUUUGACGCAGGGAGAUAGGAGAUAGACGCCGUAUGUAGCUGAUGUGUCAUAAGCCAUGGGAACCCUUGCUUCGUAUCCAUAUCUUGCCACGACCUCGUUCUGUACCGCAGUACAACUUUCACGAUAAACGAAAUCACCUCUACCUCAGGACGCACAUCAAGAUCCCCAAUGGCAACCAUCGAAGCCCAGGACCUCAGACGGAUGAUCAGGCGCUUUCGAGUUCUGAUCAUGGGGAGAGCAAACGCAGGCAAAACGACCAUCCUCCAGAAGGUUUGCAACACCAUCGAUCAACCAGAAAUUUACGAUACAAACGGAAAGAAGAUCGAUGCUGCCAUCGUGAAAUCAUCGAUCAAGCGUGGAAAUCACGACAUCACGAACGAGAUGGUGUUCAAAAGUAAUCCUGGUUUCGUCUUCUACGACUCGUGCGGUUUCGAAGCGGGGUCUGAAGAAGAAUUCGAGAACAUGAAGAAAUUCAUAUCAGAACGUGCGCAUGCGACGGAAUUGGAGGACUGGAUCCAUGCUAUUUGGUAUUGUAUCCCAAUGGACGACCCGAGUCGAACGUUCCAGCGGUCAGAAGAGAAGUUCUUCCGGGAGUGCGACACCGGGCAUGUUCCUGUGGUCGCGGUGUUCACCAAAUUCGAAGCUCUGCGUCCAUUUGCAUAUGGAGAAAUCAAGAAGCAACUAAAGGGGGUAUCGGCCGAAGAACGCUCAAAGAGGAUUGCCGAGCGCGUCGAGGAACUUUUCACUAAAACAGGCAUCUUGAAUCAGUUGCGCAACCCCGAAAACCUUGCACGUCCCAAGUCCUAUGUGCGCUUGCAGAAUAUGAACCAACAGAAUACAAACUGCGACACUCUACUGGAAAGCACCACUUUCGCGCUGGACGAUGAAGAAUUGCGGUCGUGCUUGGUAUCGACACAAAAAUCGAACCUGGAGCUUUGCAUCAAAUGUGCCAUCGCAACACUGGUCGAUCGUGCGCAUAAGAAAUUUGAUUAUGAACACUAUCAGCAUGACAUUGCUAAGUGGUUUCCGCAUCUCAAAGCCAAAAUCCGCCGCGAUGAUAUUAUCCGCGUCCUUCAGCCCUUGACUAUGAAGGGUUCACUGUUUACUUCUACUGCGAACAGAAUAAUUCAGACUGGCAUCGCCACCAUUAUCGUCCUCGAGUACUCUGCGUUUCUCCCGUACAAGUCGAAGGGCUCGGAGCUCGUAGAGUCUGCCGUGGAGUCUGCCGUGGACUACUACCUGAAAUCCCCCAUGGUUGUCACAGUAGAGAAAGUAGCGAAAGAGAUUUGUCGUCAAGACCACCAUGGAGAGGAACUUGGAAAGAAGAUUCUCGAGUUCAUCCUUGGAAAUCGCUUGUCAAAGAACUUGACAGAUAAGAAGUAG